AAAGACCAUGAAACAAAAGUACUUCUACUGUUACUUCCUGUGAGGUCUGAUACAACUUCCGCUCCGUAACACCAGCUGUUGUGGCCAAGAUGGCGCAUAGCCCGACAGAGUUGGAGAGUUCCCUGGACGCCGACCAAGCUGGGGAACAAGUCAGAGGUAUUUUGAGGCGCUGCAGAGGACGACCCAGACUCACAGACUCUGACCGGGCUCAGAGACGCCUCGAAUCCCGAAAGAAGUACGACGUGCGGAGGGUUUACCUGGGAGAGUCACAUAAGCUGUGGAGUGAGCUCCGCAGACGGACCAGCCUGAGUGAUGCGGGAUUGGCAGAGUAUCUGAUCCUGCUCAACUCUACAUAUGGAGAAAAAUACCAGCAGAAAUACAGCGGGAAGAAGAUUGCUCCUGAGGUCUCAGUGAAACAGAAAAAAGGCAGGAGGGAGCGAGUGUCAAACCUCCAGAGCCUGGUGUGUUGGUACCAGGAUCACUGCCACUCCUGUCCCCACGAGCCACAGCUCAAAGCUCUAGAGCCUCAGCCCAAUUUCUCCACUGCUGCUCUCUGGCAAUGUGAAUCAAACCACUCGUUUGUGCAGUACCUUUUCUCACCUCCAAGGGAGGCAAGUGAAUCAGAGCAGGAGGAGGAGGAGGACGAGGGUGUCAACAGCGAUGACAAUGCUGAAAAGACAGAAUUGGUUGCAGCUAAAGGCACAGAGAGCAGGAGGAAGAGAAACGAGACUCACAAACAAUUCAAAGAUGUGGAUGAAAACGUGGAUGUUCCUGAGGAACAUCAAACAACCACAAGCCCAAUCAAAGAAGAUGCAGCUCUAAACCUCCAGUCCAGUUCAGAGGCUCCUUCCAGGGAUGUUCCACUUAUAGGGCAGGCUGUGUGGGAGAUGGAGAUGGAGCAACAACAAGGCUCCCCCUCUUCAGCAUUUCACUCCAUUCCCUCAGAAGGAGAGGCUGAGGAUCUGGGACAAGACAGUGAUGCUGGGGUAGAGGAAGAAAUAAGGACUACACCAGAUAAUUAUGAUUGUGUUACCAUGACAACAGCCUUAGCUGACAAACAGGAGAAGACAGAUGAGGACCCGGUGCUGUCACAGACCUUGAGUGGCUCUUUGGAGCUGAGUGCUCAGACAGUCCCAGCGUCCGUGCAGGAGCAGAGUGAGCUGUUUGACCCCGAGACUGUGCAGACGGUGGUGAGCAACUGUGAGAUACCUGAGCAGAGGGCGGCUUUGGAAGGCUCACAGUUAAUUAUCAUCACCGGCUCCAGUUAUGAGGCGCUCGCGUCGGAGGGAAUCCAGCUCAAUGUGGGUGGUGGAGACAUGGAGGAAGUCACAUGCACUGUCAUCGGGGGCGUCGCCUACAAUCAGGUUUGCGCUUGCGACUCAAAAAUCAGGACGGCAGAGGAUGAAGACUCCAUGACAGGUCUGAGUGACAAACAGCUGCUGCAGCCCACAGAUGACUCUCUAGAGCUGAGUAGUGACAGAGAACUGCAGCGGAGCAGUGUCAGGUCAAAGAGGAGCAGACGAGGCCCAGUCAUCGAGGCUGACGGGAUGCUCAAGAUGUUCCACUGUCCUUACGAGGGCUGCAGUCAAGUUUAUGUAGCCAUUAGCAGCUUUCAGAAUCACGUGAACCUAGUUCACAGGAAAGGGAGGACCAAGGUUUGCACUCAUCCAGGCUGUGGGAAAAAGUUUUACCUUUCAAAUCACCUGCAUCGCCAUAUGAUCAUCCACUCAGGAGUGAGAGAUUUCAUCUGUGAGACGUGUGGAAAAUCGUUUAAGCGUAAGAAUCACCUGGAGGUUCACAGGCGGACGCACACGGGGGAAACGCCACUUCAAUGUGAAAUCUGUGGCUACCAGUGUCGCCAGCGUGCGUCUCUGAACUGGCACAUGAAGAAACACACUUCAGAAGCCCACUACAACUUCACCUGUGAGUUCUGUGACAAGAGGUUUGAGAAGCUGGAAAGUGUUAAAUUCCACAAGCUGAAGAGCCACCCAGAUAAACAGGCCACCUGAUUAUGCCUGACUCGACUGCUGACCGAAGCUACAGUUUUGGCCCCCAGGAACCCGAAGGAAGACUUCCAGUGAAGGGAGAGACUUUCCUACAGUGGGGUUGUCUUGCCUCUCAUGUCCAGGACGUCCAGGACUGUCCACCAAACCGUGGACAAGUGCAAGAGUGAGCCACUUUGACAGCUGUGCAGGACACUGCUUAGUCUACUGCACAUUAAUGAUGUCCAACUGACCAGUCUCCUGAACUACGCUAGUUCAAUCGUGGCUAAAAAAAGCAAACAUUACCAAGCUCAGCAGCUCUUACACGUGUCGGAGCUGUAAUAAGAGGAACUGGUGCUGAAGUUUAUUACCUUCACACUGCAUCGUGUGAUCAGAUAGUGCUUCACCACAUGCAUUCACAUCUGGUAUGAACAUGCGUCUCCAGUGUCCGCAUCCUUUUGCUAUCUGACCACGAUCGCCCCACCCUUAUGUCACCUCCCCCCUCUUCUUCUGCAAAAAUGUCCAGCAGCAGAAUACUGCGUCACAGACUCGCUGCAUUUACACUUCUGCUCAGUGUGGUCACAAUCCAUCUCCGACCACCUCCCGAAGUGGUUUGGCAGAUCAGAUAACAAUCCAUCCUCAGUGUGUCCUGUACUUACAAGUGGUCAGGUGCUAUCAGAUUGUGUUUGGAUCACAGUAAGUGCUUUUUAAUGCCAGAUUUAAAGGAGGCCAAUAUGUAAAACUGUGCCUGGUUACAGGUUGUGCUUCACUGACCAAUCAUAUCAAAGAUGUAAUUAUAUUCCUCAAAUGCAUUAGUGAACAUUCAUCACAACAGCCUUUUUAUUUACUAUAACUUCACAAAUACAUCAUGAUGUUUAAAACUAUUAACAAUAGUCAGCCACUCUUGUGUGUUUGAGUACACAGGAGCAAAUGUUCAUAUAUAGAUAUGAGCUAAAAUGCAGGGCUGUGUCUUUAUUCCUGUGUCUUACACAUGGAUCAUCCUUCGAUAAGGAGACUGACCUUUUGUGUGGGUCAUGCAGCUUUAGGCCCGGGCCAUUCUUCCGUGUCCACUAGAAUGUCAUCGUUCCUAUGUCCACUGUGGUCUGUGCAGACCAGACCAGUCUCCACAGCAUCUUGUUUGAGAACAUUAAUGAGAGGACGUCUGCCAGUAACACGAACAACUCGGCACUCAAAGAGUCUCCAAGCCCAUGUGCACCUCUGACAGAAUGACCAUUUACAGUGUCCUUGUGUUAACUCGUGUCAGUGUGAAGAAUUAAAAUGUUGACCAGGGAA